AUGCCAAAAUCUGAAACAAUCCUGAUUGGAGGCGAUCUCAAUGGCCACGUUGGAGAGAAAACAGAUGGUUUUGACACGGUACAUGGCGGUUUUGGCUAUGGAGAACGGAAUGAAGAUGGCAACCGCAUCCUUGAAUUUGCUGAAAGUCACGGGUUUUGUUCAUUAAACACAUAUCAUAGAAAGAGGUUGGAACAUCUCAUAACAUACAAAAGUGGACCAUCAGCCACACAAAUUGAUUUCUUCGCUGUCAAGCAACAACAACGAAAGCUAUUCAAAAAUGUCAAAGUUAUACCUGGCGAAUCAUGCUAUUUGACAUUAAGCCAUAUUGAAGACAAUGAAAUGGUUUUCUUAUACACAGGACUUCCUUGGACAAAAAUAUUUGAUAUCUUGUAUAAGCAAAUAGAAAAUGAGGAUCUGCAAUAUUUUUAG